UCGAAUACACUCGUUUCAAUAAAAAAAAAACGGCUUCGCGCGUUACUUAUGAUCGUGAAUUCGAAAUUUAAAUAUGAUUACUGUGUAUUGUUUGUACUAAAAUGUUUUAAUUCAGUAGGUAACAUAAGCGAUGUAAUACUGUGAUUUAAUAGAUUCGCUCAGUGAUAGUGUUAAAUUAUGAUUGAAUUAGUGAAAGUGAAUGAAAACAGGGUGAAUGGGACAAUGCGGGAACUAGGGGCGGAUUCUUUCGUGUGCAGAGUUCAAUACUUGAACGACUUGGAUCCUUUUAUGGAGUACAAUGUGAGGGAGCCCCCUAGACCUUUGUACCACACAUUUAAUACAACGAUUCCUCUCUCGUACCAAAUAGCUGCUGUGCAUCGUUUGCUACAAGCUCCACAUCGGCUGGACGAUGCAACACUGCAGGUGUUCAAGGACGGUGACUACGGGCCCUAUUUAGACCUGGAUUCCACUCUCGGGGAACAGGAUGAAGAACUGGAAGGCUUACAAGACAGUCGCAAAAAUGCGCUGGUCCUGCGCACUCAACUCUCGGUCCGGGUACACGCCAUCAUUGAGAGGCUGCUACACUCUCAGGGGCGCGAACUGCGACGGGCGUUGUUUACGCUCAAGCAGAUCCUGCAAUCAGACAAAGACCUGGUGCACGAGUUUGUCGCCAACAAGGGCCUCGACUGCCUCAUGCAGGUCGCCACCAUGGCAGAUCAUAACUACCUGGACUACAUUCUAAGAGCGCUUGGCCAGAUCCUUCUUUAUGUUGACGGCAUGCACGGCGUGAUGAACCACCAGCGUUGUGUCCAGUGGCUUUACUCUCUUAUCUCCAGCAAGUUCAGGCAUGUCGUCAAAACUGCUCUCAAACUCCUUCUAGUCUUCGUAGAAUACACGGAACAAAAUUGUCUCAUCCUUAUCGACGCCAUCACCGCCGUAGACAGUUCCAACAGCAGACAACCGUGGUUCAACGUAAUGAAAAUCCUUCAAGACUUCGAUGCUUCCGACACUGAACUCCUCAUAUAUGCCACCACGCUGAUUAACCGAUGCCUUAAUAAUGUACCCGAUAGAGACAAGUAUUACGAUCAAGUGGACUCCCUGAAAAACCAAGGUAUCGAUGACAUUAUACAGCUAUACAUGUCUAAAGAGGGGACAGACUUAGAUCUACUGAGGCAACUGCAAAUAUUCGAAGCUGUGCUUCAGUACCAAGAUGGUGAUGAAACUGGAACCGCACUCAAACAACUGGAUGAAUCUGUUAUAACUUCAGUCCGACGAAGAAGUCUAAACCUGGCGCCAUCUGAACGACGAAAGUCCAAUAAACAAGAAGUCAAAGAGAAAGCGAAGCCAGUUUCGGUGGAACCAGACAAUAAAAUAAACACACCACGACCUCAGUACCUGCCAGCCAUUAUCGAUACCAAGGAAAAUAAAGAGUUGAGCUCAGUUCUCAAGAGACGGAGGGAUAGGUACGCAAGACAGGCGCAUCACAUAAUACAACAGCAAGAACUGCUGAACAACUCGAAUGGCAUUUACAAUGGGCUGUUUGAAAAGAACGACCAGUGGAGCCCGAAUCGCACCUACAAUCACAACGGAACUUACUCAAACACCAAUGGUACUUAUACUAUUUCGAGCGGGAAAUACAUAAACGGCACCGCUAAUGGUACCGUCAUAUACAAUUCCAGUGACGUCAGUGGUCACGGACAAAAGGAGGAGAAGACUUACACAAACAGAACAAAAUCCAGUUACAUCCCGGACGUUUUGAUGAAUGGAAACCAAAGAUACACAACCGGAUUGAAACAGAGAAUCCAGAAUGGGACAUUAGGUCACAGUGUCAACGCAUCAGAUACUCUGUCCAUAGUCAGGGCCGGACGAGAAUUCUCCCCGGAACCAAAAGAUGACAGGGAAAUUCUGCUGAAUCGAGAGCACAGCAUUAAAGACCUUGCUCAGAGGUUGACAAGUCCCCUAACUCCCUCCACAGAAGAGAAGCCCAUAAGGGUCUCUGAAAUGGCAGGAAUCGUUUCGAAAGCCAAAGAAGAAUUAGCCAAAUCGAAAUCUAAAGAAAUUAUAAAAAGUCCAGCCAUAGAGAAAAGUACAAAACUACAUGAAAUUAAAGUGUCUGAAAACGAUUUACACUGGGAAGAGUUGAGAAAGGGCUGCAUCAACAGGGAAUUCCACACAUGUGAUCUUGAUUUUUCGGAUCUCAGAUACGAUUCAGAUGAGGAGAUGGAGUCACCUCCGUUAAAUGCUAUCCCUCCUCCUCCUCCUAACCUAUUGCCUCCUCCUCCACCUAACAUGCUGACGCCAGUGGGCCUUCCUCCACCUCCACCAAACAAUUUUUUUAGCUUACCCAAAAACCUACCAAGCAUGACAUCACAAUCAGACAUCUUGAACGAUUCUAACAGUUCAACAUUAAAGAAAAACAAAAAGACGGUAAAACUUUUCUGGCGGGAGAUACAAGAGAACCCCGUGCCGUCCCCGGCAAGGACCAAGGUAGGGGGAUUCAUUUGGGAUGAUCUCCCAGAGGUUAGCGUGGAUACAGUGAUGCUGGAACACCUUUUCGAAUCCAGGACCAACGAUUUGAUAAUCAAGGAAAAACUUAUGGAACCAAAGAGAAACCUGAUUCUUGACACAAAACGAUCGAACGCGAUCAGCAUAGCCAUGAAGAAGUUGCCAACGCCGCAGACGAUCAAGAUAGCGAUAAUGAAGAUGGACGCGACAGUUAUCGGUCGCGAGGGGAUCGAGAAAUUACUAACGAUGCUCCCCACGCACGAGGAGAAGGUCAAAAUACAAGAGGCGCAGUUCGCGAACCCCGAUCUACCUCUGGGCUGUGCGGAACAGUUUCUCCUGACCCUGGCAUCCAUUAAUGAGCUGUCGUCCAGACUAAAACUUUGGGUCUUUAAGCUGGAUUUUGAUAAUUUAGAGAAAGAAAUAGCAGAACCUCUAAUGGAUCUAAAGCAGGGCAUAGAACUGCUGAAAGUUAACAAAACAUUUAAAGUGAUCCUUUCGACGCUGAGGUCUGUAGGCAGCUUCUUAAAUGGUAAUCAGGUGAAAGGGUUCCGGUUGGAAUAUCUCUCUAAGGUGAUGGAGGUUAAAGACACCGUCCAUAAGCACCCACUGCUGUACCACAUUUGUGAGAUGAUAAUCGAGAAGUUCCCUGAUACCACCGACUUCUUUAGUGAGGUCGGUCCUGUUAUCCGCGCUUCCAAGGUCGACUUCGAAGUACUCAGCGCUAAUCUUCUUAAACUGGAAUCAGACUGCAAAGCUUCCUGGGAUCACAUGAAGAGGGUUGCCAAACAUGAUGGCUCUCAGAUCUUCAAGACCAAGAUCAACGAGUUCCUCACUGAUGCAGCGGAACGCAUCAUUCUACUCAGCAUUGUGAAGAAGCGGGUCAUGAGCAGAUAUAACAAGUUCCUGCUCUACCUUGGCGUGCCUCUGGGUGACGUCCCCAAGACCAGACCUUCGGAGCUUCUGAAGGUGAUCGCGGAGUUCGCGCUGGAGUAUCGCACAACGCGCGAGAGGGUGCUACAACAGCUGGAGAAGAGGGCCAACCAUCGCGAGAGGAAUAAGACCAGAGGGAAGAUGAUCAUUGAUGUGGGCAACUACGCCAGCAAGGGCGAGCACAUGGCAGACAGCGCGCUCAAGGAACUGCUGAAGAGCGACGCCGACAGGGACCUGAUGGACUCGAGACGCAAACCAGCUAUGCGUCCGCGCAACGGAGGGACAGGGCCGGAGGACGAGAUAAUUCAGACCCUCGUGCGCUCCACCACUCCCAACCGACGCCCGCUGGUGCGAGAACGGCGCCGGAACCGACUCGCGGACAGGAAGAGCUUAAACAGGACUCUAGACGGACACUAGUCGCGGUCCGGCAAGCGGAGCAGCGCGGGGUCGCCGCGGGAAUUCAACAAAGAUAGUCACACUUACGCCUAAUUUUUAUUGAAUAAGUUUUUUUUUUUAUUGUAACUCGAAUCUCACCCUAAACACAACGUACGAUUAUGUUAAUUAUAUUUAAUUAUUACUAAAUCUUAUUGUAUUCAGAUGUAUAGUACCCUCAGCCAGAUAACUCCAUACACACUCCUAAAAUGCGUCUCAUUUUUCUAAAUAUACUUAAUACUGUCUAGAGACUUCUGAUCUAUAGACUGUAGGAGUCCCUUUAUGUACAUUGUUAUUAUAUAUUUCAUUAUUUAUUUAUUCCUUUCAAGGAUAUUCCUAUAGCAAUUGCUGAUUUUUCAAUGAAUUUUGACAAAAAUUAUUUGAUUAAACAUUACAUUAAAAAACUAGUAUUUUUAUUAAUUUCAGAACUUUAAAUCUUAAACUUAAUAUUAUUUUAAACAUAAUUAAACAAUAAUCAGAUCAAUUUACCUUUACCGAUACAUUUUUCACCUUCCCCCAAUGAGACCCCGUGUACCCCUAGGGGUACGCGUAUCACAGGUUGGGAAUAGCUGUUCUAAAUUCUUUCCUUUCAAUACAUAACGAGCGAAUUUUCAACAACCUGAUUACUUUGUACAUAAAUAUUAAAUAAUUAUAACUAAAUUAACUUAGUGGCUCUUGUAAAUAAAUCCACAUAAUCAAAUCAAAAGCAUUCAGAUGAUUUUUAAAAUGAUAGCCCCGGUCUCUGUCCACCGCCACAGUCCUGGUAACUUCGAACCCCCAUCCAGGUGUACCUCACAAGUCCCUAUGUCGUUGCACUUAUUUUCAUAACGAGCAGAAUAUAUAAUUGCAAAAUAAAUGUUCUUAAAAUUAAGUAAGACUUCACUGGCAUGUGUAGUACUAGUUUAGUUAUUCGAUACGCAGGUUGCAGCAUUUAAAUAUUGGAGUCUCUCGAGGUUGCCAUUGAAAUACCAUACGCAUGUUUCGACUAUAGAAAUGAGAACUUGAUACAAAAUGUUAACUUCGUAGUGUGGAGCAAGGUCGUUAAAUUUAUUUUAAAAAUUACUCCGACCCAUUCUCAUGCUUCAUGUUCUUCGUUCGAACUUCAGCCACUAGCUAUUAGGUACUAUUUAUUAUGCUCUUAAGGUAAUUCUGACAUUAUAUGUUUUUCGUUAUGGGUUAAGCAAAUGCAAUAAAUUUAAGACUUUCAACUGCGUUAAGACAGCCUGUAUGUUGUGUUUUAAUUAUUCCUCUAUGUAUUUAUUGUAAAUGUAAAUAUAUGUGUAAAUAAAUAACAAUGAAUU